UCCACCCAUCUCUCUAUAUCCUUCUGCUCUCUUAUUUGCUUGCUUUUUCUUUAAUUUAUUCUUCCAAGAUCAAAUAGUUCCUUCUUUGAUUUCAUUCGCAUACCUAAAAAUUUUAUAUAACCCAAACAAGAAGAUAUUAUUGAAGAGAAACCACAAGUUCAAAAAUGUCUAUAGAUUUAUCAUCUGAUCGUGUUUGCUAUGUCCUCUGCAACUUCUGCACGACAACUUUAGCGGUAAGUGUACCAUACGCAAGUUUGUUCACACUUGUGACGGUGAGAUGUGGCCAUUGUACCAAUUUGCUCUCUCUCAACAUUGGAGUUUCACUUCAUCAAAGCUCGCCUCCUCCCAUUCAUCAAGAUCUUCAGCCUAAGCAACACAUAGCCUCUUCGGUAACAAGGAAAGAAUGGGGAUCAUCGUCCAGGAGCUCCAACCAUUUUUCAACCACAUUGUCAGAAAAUGUCGAUCGGGAGGCUCCUAGAAUGCCUCCUAUUCGUCCGCCGGAGAAAAGACAACGCGUUCCUUCGGCCUACAACAGAUUCAUCAAAGAGGAAAUCCAAAGGAUCAAAGCUGGCAAUCCAGCGAUCAGCCACCGUGAGGCGUUUAGCACAGCUGCUAAAAAUUGGGCACAUUUUCCUCACAUUCACUUUGGAUUAAAGCUGGAUGGCAACAAGAAAGGCAAGCAAUUAGACCAGACAGUUGCAGGCCACAAGUCUAAUGGCUAUUUCUAAAGCCUUUACAUAUAUAUUGAUAAUGGCUAUUUUUUUUUGGUAGGAAUAUUGAUAAUGGCUAUUAUAUAUAUGUGUGUGUGUAUGCUGAUGAUGGAAGAGAAGGCUAGGAAGAAGAUCAAACAUAACCUUACAUACAUAUUAUAUAUUCAUGUAUGUAUGUCCCUUUCUUUUUCUUGUGUGGGCUCCAUCUAUAACUUCGUUUCUAGCUUACAUUCCUCUAAUAAGGGAAGCCCAUAUGUGGUUUUCAUAUUCGAACCUAAUUAUUUAAGAAAGAAUCUCCUUUGCGAAAACUGUAAUAUAAAUUUCAUCUUUCCUCGUUC